AUGGAUAUAGGUAACAGGCACACUUGCGAGUGGUGCGGCCGACCGUUCUCCUGGCCAUCCAGUUUAAGGCUCCACCAAAGAAUGGCGUGCGGGAAACCACCAAACUUCUGUUGCACCAUCUGCGAUUACAAAUCGAACUUUAAGGGAAAUUUGAAGAGGCAUUUAUUUUGUAAACAUAGGAUACAGAUAUGCACCCUUAUUCCCGAUCGUGAGGCCAAGGCUACACGUCUGCCCACGUUGCGGACAAAUGUAUUCCUGGGCGUCGAAUCUGCGGAAACAUCUGAAGAUGGGCUGUGGGAUGAUUCUGUAUAUCGUUGCAAAGUAAAGGAAGAAACGAUGGAAAUUUGUCUCAAUCUCGAGGAGAGAGGUGUCGAAGAGCGGCUCGUUGAAAAUCGGUUCGAAGAAAUUCGCGAGGACGAAGAGGGUGAGGAGGGGGGCGAAAUGGAGAAGCUCGAGUACAGAGGAGGGAAGAAGAAAAGGAGGCAGGAGUACAAGUAUUCGUGCCUGAGAUGCUUGAAGAGUUACAAGAGAAAGGGCCACCUGGUCGAGCAUCAGAAGAUAUUUUGCGGCAAGGAUAAACAACAAUGUUGCCCCUAUUGCGUUUUUCGCACGUACAAGAAGUCGAACUUGAAAAAGCACGUGAAUCGAAAGCACUGCGACGUUAUCGACUACGUCAAUAAUCAAUCGUCAGAGUGUUGUGAAGUUCGUGAGCUGAUCCUGUGGGAGGACUAUCAAAGAUUCGAGGCCGCGGCAAUCGGCGAAACGAGGCAGUUUCGUUCGGGGAGGUGCUCCUCGUCGUACGAGGCGAAUUAUUUCGGCCCUGGCCGCAAGCAUGGCCGGGUGUUCAGGAACAAAAGCAUGGAUCCUCUAGGGGACAGAUACAAGUGCUCGAAAUGCUCGAAAUCGUAUCGUUGGAAGCACCAUUUGAUGGAGCACGUAAAGGCAUCGUGCGGCCAGAAGAAGGCCGAGUGCUGCCCUUACUGUAGUUACAGGAGCAAUCGAAAGUGGAAUCUCAAGUCUCAUAUGAAGAGGAUUCACGCGGACGUAUAA